GACAGCCCGAUACCGACCCAGAUAGGCGGGAAUCCUAGAUCUAACUAUAAGGCUGAAGGCUGAAGCUGGCCCGACUAAUACGUGAUUGCAGAUCGAUGGACGAGUUCUGGUUGGAUUGCGAUCGAUCCGUUCGCCUUCCGCUCGUCCCGACUCGGGCAGUACUCGGCGACUCCCGGUAGACACGAAACCCUAGCGAUUAGCGUGCAGCGCUGCAGCGAACGGGGAGCACAGAGGCCGUGCGGCGGACCGGCGUCGACACGCAAACGGCCGGCGGCCUGACUUCUGGUUCUGGACGCACCGAUACAGCAGUGCAGGUGCAGCUUACCGUUGCAAUUGGAUUUCGUUUUGCAAAGACGGCAACAAAACAAAGGAUUUUCUAGGAAUCGCGGUAAGAAAGGCGGAAAAGAUCAUAUAGGAACAAGGAGGUUUUGACGAGAGGAGAGUUGAAAAAGUGGCAGAGGCUAAAGCCAUGGGUAACUCGGCUUCUACUGCACCUGCACUGGCAGGGAAGACUCACGAUCCAGGCUUUGUAUGGAAGAUUCAUGGUUUCUCAGCCCUACUUAACAGGGGAGUUACGACAAUCAGAUCUGCCCCUUUUGAGUGUUCUGGCUACAAGUGGUACCUGCUAGUGGCUCCAUAUCAUAAAAAAAAAUUGGGCCAUGAACCCAUAUGUUUCUGUUGCUCUUGGGCUGUGCAUAGGAAGCUUGGACUUGGAGCCAGAUUACACGAUGGAUGUAGUUCUUUUCAUGACUUCUAUGGCACGCAGACACGGUCUUGGGUGGAAUUCUUGAUUCCUCUUAAAUCACUACUGAAAUCAACUGAUUUUCCGGUUGAUGAUUGCUGUGUCUUUGGUGCGGAGAUAUUGUUGGUCAAUGUUUUUCCUUCUGAAAAGAAAGGUAUUGUGGUUCCGGAGAAGGCUACCACAGUUCAGAACGUCUUCAUCCUAAACAGCGGAUUUAUCUGUUGGACCUACAACUUGAACAUACCGAACUUUCUUGAAUCGAACAUGAUGGACUGUACCUGUUCUCAGGCAGUUGAAUUUGAUGGACAUAAAUGGUACCUUACUGUGUAUCCACAUGGUGAUCGGUUCAGCUCUAAUUGCCUCUCCUUGUAACCUGUGCAUGGAUGGCUCUGCCGAGUUUUGUCGUCAGUCUGGAAGGGUUGUUGAAAUGAGUCUUACCAUCGAAGACCAAAAGCAUGGGAAGCACUUCACCAAACGAAUUCCAGCUUUUCAUGACUUCUAUGGCACGCAGACACGGUCUUGGGUGGAAUUCUUGAUUCCUCUUAAAUCACUACUGAAAUCAACUGAUUUUCCGGUUGAUGAUUGCUGUGUCUUUGGUGCGGAGAUAUUGUUGGUCAAUGUUUUUCCUUCUGAAAAGAAAGGUAUUGUGGUUCCGGAGAAGGCUACCACAGUUCAGAACGUCUUCAUCCUAAACAGCGGAUUUAUCUGUUGGACCUACAACUUGAACAUACCGAACUUUCUUGAAUCGAACAUGAUGGACUGUACCUGUUCUCAGGCAGUUGAAUUUGAUGGACAUAAAUGGUACCUUACUGUGUAUCCACAUGGUGAUCGGUUCAGCUCUAAUUGCCUCUCCUUGUAACCUGUGCAUGGAUGGCUCUGCCGAGUUUUGUCGUCAGUCUGGAAGGGUUGUUGAAAUGAGUCUUGCCAUCGAAGACCAAAAGCAUGGGAAGCACUUCACCAAACGAAUUCCAGGUCUCACGGUUUUUGCGGGUAAAUGUCGUUGGGGAUGGUCUGACUUCAUUCCACACGAGACAUUCAGGGACCCGUCCAGGGGCUAUCUUGUUGGAUCGUGCUGUGUUGUCAAGGCCGAUAUCACUGUCGUUGGACCAUCCAAUUAUGAGUAGUCUGAUUGACUGAACUAUGCUUUUGCGUCGUAGAUCCUACUCCGUACUAUUUAUAUCAGUUAAAAAAAAGGUGUGCCUUGCACAUACAGUUUCCAAACAAACAUAUGUGAAGAUAGAUAAGGAGGUAAAGUGAAUUUGUUGGAAGUAAUUGGACACUGGGACGAGUGGAACGAAGGAGACUAGACUAGCGUUAGGAAGGACAAAGGAGACAGACAGAAUUGACAUCAGAAAAAUAAAAAAGGACUUUUUUAAGUUUGAGUGAGGAUAAUUGUCUUAAAUUUCGGAGAAUCGGCUGAAAAAACGCGGAAUUGUCUUCGCCUUUGUAAGUGAAAAUGUCCAGUAAAGCCUAUCUCGCUUUUAGCCUUCAUGGUGAAUGGCCCACCCUUUCUUUGAACCUUGUCAAUGAUCGAACGAACUUACAGAUAUGAACUGAGUGCCAUUUGAUGAGUAAGAUCGAACAAGGGAGAGGGAUAU